AUGCCUUCACUACAAGAUCCUGAGUGUUUUAGCUUCUGGCUUGCUUCUUUAUUAAACCGGCAUCCUCAUGAAAGGUUGGAUCUCCUACGCUUGCGAGAUACAAGAGAGAGAAUAUUGCGCGAACUGAUAUAUCUCAUAGUAAAAGAGCAAGGUUGUCAAGUGCAAUGA